AUGCAAGAAGUCCAUGGACGUGAGAUUAACCGGACAAACUGGAAGCAGAAAAUAAUCUCGAAGAAAGUUGACUCGCUUAUACUUGGAACGCUAAACCAAGCGAUGGUGAAUAUGCUGAAUAUGCUACACAAAAUCUGCGCAAGUCAGUGUUUGAUUUUGCAAGGCAGUUCCAGAUAUAUACAAAAUAACGAAGCGCAUUUGAUUGAAUGGGAAGGAACAGGACCCAGGAAUCUGCAAAAGCACGACAUGUCUGAUUCCAAAAGAUGUUGCAAACGAAGGUGCAAAAGAGCAAGCACUGUUGAACCUGGCCCUCUGCAGAGAGCAUUGGAACGAGCUAUAUACUGCGUGAGGUUUCUUGAUCCAACAAAGUCAGCUACCAAUACUAAGGUAUGCGCUGAUAAGCCAGUACUUUUGGAAGGAGCUCAAGAGUAUAAAUAUCUUGGACUAGUGGAAGACAGGAUUGUUGGGCCGUGA